UCUUUAGAGAGGAUACGCCCCGGUUGAAAUGUUGUCGACCUGCAAAGGUGUUGCGGCAGCCCCGGGGCGAGGAGACGAGGAGCCGGGGGCAAGGAGACAGAAAGACGGCCAGAGAGAAGUUCAAAGCUGGGAAGACAGAGGACAAGGGCUCGGGGUUCAAGAGGGGCCCGACGGAUCCAGAUAUGAGGGAGAAUUUGUGAACGGGUUCAAACACGGCAAAGGAAGGUACACCUGGAGAAAUGGAGAGUUCUAUCAGGGCUCUUUCUACAAAGACUACAGGCAUGGAGAUGGACUGUACUGCUGGCCCACAGGCCACAAGUUCACUGGCAAGUUCUACCUCAACAGGAAGGAAGGAUACGGACAACAACUGUUCCCUGACGGAGCCACCUUUCAGGGUUUGUACCACGCCGACCAGAGGUUUGGCCCAGGUGUGGUUAGUUAUCCAGAUGGACGUAAGGAUGUGGGUCUGUGGCUCAGGGAGCGCCUGCUAAGGCUCUGUACCUCUGUUAAAGACGGCUUUAGUCUAAAGAAGUUUCCUGAAUAUGCUGCUUACAUGGACCCAGCUGCCACCCCAGAUUCCCUGACACAGCAUCCCACUAGUGGUCUACAGAAAGAAGCCAUGACAGACUCUGAGGUGGAUAGGGAAAGGGAUCUGCUGUCAGAUGAGAACUUUAUUCUUCCCCCCGGCAUGGAGAGUUACUCAACGGAUGGUGAUCACUUGCCGCUGCCCCCUGGCCGAAGAAGAGAGCUGGAUCAACACUUCUAUGGCGAGCUGUGGGAGCCAGACGCUUAUCCACACCAAGGCUAUGAGCGAGACCCUCUCUCCAUCCUGCCCUUACAGGCCCGCAUGCAGGCUCACAUACACAAACACAGACUACAGGCUGGAAAUGUGUGCUGGGACGUGGCAGCUGUUCUCUCUCUGAACAGGGAAAGUUUUGGUCCUAAAGGGCAUUUGGAAGUCAGUUCAGAGUUGUUGAUCCAGCACGCUUCCCAAGGGGAAGUACAGCUCGUGUCACAGAUCCUCCAGACCGGUUUGGUCCACCCUGAUGUGGCAGAUUCACAGGGACACACUGCACUCAUCGCUGCCACAAUAAACUGCCAAAACGAUGUGAUCCAGCUGUUGUUGGAUAUGGGCGGCGAUAUCGACAAGAUGAACUGUGAAGGCAUGUCUGCCCUGGCUGUGUGUCAUGUCCUUUACUACCCUUUUUAUUCUCUGCACAACACUUUGGCUGAACCUCACGCUAAAACUCAAGUUUUGAGGUCUGCAUCUGCAUGUGGGAACAGUCCCCAGAUCAGCCAAGUGGACCUGACUACACACACACCCAGGACAGCAGAAGAACUAACGGAGCACUUCUUACAUCACAGCAGUAACGUGUCUGAUAGCAGUGAGCUCAUCACUGAUCGCUGGCCUGGCCUGAAUGAACAUGAGACAGACACUGAACACCUACAGGAGGAGGAGAGGAAAGAGAAAGAGGGAGAAGGAGAGGAAAGAGAGGGAAAGGGUGAAGAGGGACGAGAAAGGAGCAGCAGGGAGGAGGAGAAUGAGAGCAAAGGGGAGGAAAGAGAGAUGGAGAGCAGAUGUGAUCAAACGUGGGAGGAAGAUGUUGAGCUUUGUGAGAAAAGAGAAACGGAGGCAAGAAAAGAGGUGAGGGAGGAGGAAGAUGUGGAGAAGAGAGUAGGGGAUAAUUAUGAAGAGGAUAUAAAGGAGAGAGAAGAGAGAGGAAGUGAGAAAGUGCCUGGGGUGGAGCGCUCCAUUCAGGUGUUGGAUGGUCACAUCGCACUGGGCCGUGUGCAGUGGAAGGAAAGCCGAGCUAAGGCAGCAGGAAGAGUUCAGCAGGGCAAAGACAAAGAGCUGACACACAAACCGACCUUUGACUCUGCCUGCUCUGUCAGCAGCUAUAAAAUCCAGGUCACAGAGGAACUGAUGCUGCGCUCAGCGGAGGCGCUGAGUCGCACAGGGAUCCCUCAGCACUCGGACACACAAGAGACUGUACGCAAAAUGGCUGCCAUGAAAACUAAACACCGUGUUCUUUUGAACACCCUGAAGCUGUUAUUGGAGCGGGGAGCUGACCCAAACACAUCCAGGGUCCCCAUGCCGGUCCUCUUUUUAGCCAUUAUGGCGGCUGACACCGAGGCUGUCAGGAGACUGCUGCUGUGUGGAGCUCACACCGACAUUCCCCUUCCACCUGAGAGGAAAGGUCUGUAUCCCCUGCAUGUAGCUGCAGCACUGCCAGGUCCAGUGGGUCCCAGAAUCACAGAGCUGCUGCUCCACACUGUCACUGACCCAGACGCACAGGCAUGUGAUCACAACGAGAUCUAUGAUCCGGAUAAGAUUUUCACGAAGGCCAAGGAACCACUGAGCACCAAUGAGAGCCCUCAUCUCAAAGAAGGAGGCCGAACGGCCCUGCACGUGGCCUGCCAGAGAGACAGUGACUACCGGAAUGCCAGCAAAGUGGUAGCUCUACUGCUCUCCCACAGAGCCAGCACAGACCUCCUCUGGAGUGGACACUCACCUCUCUCCAUGGCUAUAUCACGUGGCAAUGACCUGUCAGUGGAGGAGCUGCUGAACAGAGGUGCAGAUCCUAACAUCCCGCUCGGAUGCCGGGUGGGCAGUGCCCUCUGUGCCCUCGCCAACAUCAACUACCACUUAGGCAACAGAGCUAAGCUGUUGCACAUGUUAGCUAAGGCUGGUGCCGACAUCUUGAUGCCAGUUACGGUGGGCGAUGUUGUGGGAACUGCAGUCGACUACGCACACUACUCCUUCAACCAGGACUUGCGUAUUGCCAACACUCCCUUCCACGCUCUGAACAUGCGGGAGAGGGAGACAUUCAAAGCACGGCGGCAGCUGCUGAGCAUGAUGGGAGAUCUGCUGAGACAGGCUGCUGGCCAGAGAGAGAGAGACGAACGUCUUACGUCGAAUAUUAUCAGGAGCACAAAGAGGUUUGUGUGCACGUGGGAAGAUCCCAUUUCCUCAAAAGUGCCCCUCCCCAGCAUAACAGAAAAACACAGGAGUCCAGUGUUUAAGUUCUGCUAUCACUGCGGUCGCUCUGCGUCCGUGAAGCUGACUGCGUGUAGCCGCUGCCACAAGGUCUUCUACUGCUCCAGGACCUGCAAACUUAAAGCAUGGGAUGAAAGACACAAGGACGAGUGUAUCCGGGAGUCAGCAUCCACUGAUGGCUUCCGGAAGAGUGUCAUGUUUAAAUUCCCAAGAGGCCCCAGGCCCCUGACUGCCAUGUUGAAAUCCAAAACAGUGCCCCGGCCCCUGAGUGUCAAGUUGAAAUCCCACAGAGCCCCCAAGCCCUUGAGCAUGGCAGAGAAGGUCUUGGAGAGCCAAGUCAACCUGAAGGAAAACUACAGCUUCAACUGAUAGAUACUAACAUUUUGUAUACUUAAUAACAGCGACAACUUCUUCUACCUGAUAUUGCAAUGCACUUCUGUUACAUCAUUUCUUACAUUUAUAUAUUUGGUUGAAUGGUGAUGUCAAUAUUUUGUGCCAUAAUCAUCUUUCUUUGGCAUUUUUAUAUUUUUUGCAAUCUGUUAUAGUAUUAUAAUAAUAAUAAUAAUGUAAUAAUGUCUGUCCCUACCGGUGCUAUUGCCACAUAAUGGCUGAAUUUGCAUAUUUACUAAAUGAAUCACAGCUGGUAAAAAAAAAAAUUAACUGAAGUUCCACUUUUCCAGAGCUUUCAGUUGCAUCUUGUGGUCUUCAUCUGCAAUUUUAUUCAAAUGAAAGUACAGAAGUAUUAUGAUUUUACUGAAAGUAGCCUAACUGACAGUGGCAGCUACCACCCAGUCCCCAACAGCAGAUCAAACAAUACGCUUAUAAGGCAAAAUCUACACCAAAUGAAAUAUUAAAACGAUUUUGUCGACCAAAAACAACGACAAGACGUAGAAACACGUCAAUAAUCAAAUGCUGUUACAUUUUUAUGCAUUUUGAAAGGAGCUGCUGCAGAGAAACUGAAGCUACAUUACAUCUGCAUCAAGUACAGUGCACUCCUAUGUCCUGUUCAAUCUGAAACAUUUAUAUACAUAUGAUGAAUAUAUAUUUUCUGUUUUGUAACAAACAGGAAUCACACGUUCACUUCUUGUAUCAGUAAAUUAUUUGAGAUUUAUUGAUCAGUGUUGACAAUUCUUCACACAAAAGCAUCGAUAUGAGAACAAUCUUCUGACGACCUAAACACACCGUGCUCAACAUGAACUUCAGCAGGUAGAACAAACUAAUAUUAGUAGAAAAUACACAAGUAAUGUUAAAACAAGAUGUUUUUUGUAUUUAAAAUGAACGAGAGAAAACAGUAAACGCUAGU